GGUAAUGGCUGGAUAAUCAUGAAGGUGACCGUAUGCUUUGUGGACACUAAACUUGGUGUCCCUUACAAAGUAGUGGUUCCUUGUGACGAGGGGACAAUAACAAUCGCAGACUUAUCAGACAGGGCUGCCUUGAGGUACCACAGAAUAUUUCCAAAGGUUGAAGAAGAAAGACAGAUUCAGUUUUUAAAAACUUUAAAGGAAGGAGCAAUACUUGAUCCAUCUGACCUUGUAAAAGAUGUACUUGAUGACAGAGAAUUGGUGUGUGCAUGUUUCAAUGAAGAACAACUUCAUUCACAGACUUCUUCAGAUGUCCAAGAAAUUUGUUCAAAUGAAAUUGUUACUGAUGAGCAAGUUAUUGUGCUUGAACAACCAACCCAAGAAAAACUGAAUCAAGAGCAUACCUAUUCAUCAACUACAUCCUUACAAGAUAAAAACGCAACGAUAGAUGAAGAAAUUAUAGUGUACAGAUGUGGCGUGUGUGACGAGAUACUUCCCACAAAAGAUUCCUUAAUCACGCACCAAACUCUUCACAAUCAACAGGACUUGCAUAAAUGCCCAAAAUGUCCCCGUUUUUUUAGUCAGCAGGGUAAUUUAGAACAACACAUGCGUUGCCAUGGUCGCAAGAAGCCACGUGAUGUGGCUUGCACUGUUUGUGGUAAGGUGUUGAAAAAUCCAGAUAACUUGAAGAGACAUAUGUAUAUACAUACAGACGAACGUCCAUUCGCUUGUCCUGAGUGUGGCAAAGGUUUUCGUGCGAAAUCCGACCUCCGCGUGCAUAUCAGAAUCCACACAGGUGAACGCCCGUAUUGGUGCCCUGUGAGUGGGUGUGGCAAGGCUUUCAACGACCGCUCCUCGUUUCGGAGACACAAAAUGGUACAUGCAGUCGGUAGGAACGAAUCUCGUAGUUUGCCAGGCCCUACUGUCCCUGUAUUUACUCAGCUGCAAGCCACGACUGAUAAGUUUAAAAAGAUGAAAUCUACUGUCGUCGAGAAAGGGCAAACUCCAGCAACACCAAUGUCACUAGAAGAAUUACUGGUUACAAGCAAAAAUCUGAACAUUGUGAAGGACGGCUCAGAAAACAUUCCAAACAAAGUGGAAACGGCUAAUCAGCAUAUAGCAGCCGUCAGUGAUGACGACAGCUUGCAAGGGGCUCUAUACGUCAUCGUAACGUCAAACGUUCCGGCAGCCGGAACGACUGUUUCAUCAGAGCUCCCUGUUACGAACUUUACAAGUUUACUGCAGUGUAAGCAAUGCUUUGAGAUUUGCACCGAUAAAGAAACGAUGAAGCUACAUAUACACAAGCACAUUAAUACGCUUAAUCACGGAACGUAUGUAGAAAAUGAAAAUCAGACAGGAAGCCCUGUUAUACGCGACCCGAUUAAUACCUUAGUAACUGAUUGUGGAGAGGAUAGCCGACAAAUGUCUGACGUUGAACAAAGCAAACAGCAGUUGGAUGAUAGUAUUUCGGAACAAAUAAAUGUGAUUUCAAGCGAAUUGUUGAGGGAAGAGCAAAUGUAGCUAAUUUUUGUUAUCCAUUGUCUCUUCGUUUAAGUUCUCGUUUCUUUUUUAAAUAAAUCUAAGUAGCGCUGAUCAAAAAUCAAUGAAGCAACUCCUUUGUGCUUCUUCGAAAACAUUGGUGAUAAAUUCGACGAUUAAAAAAAGAUUUUUUUACAAACUUCAGCGAAAACCGUAUGAAGCUGUCCUUUGAAAGGUUUAUUUCGUUAUCUCUGUCCAACUUUUUUGUUACCAUUGGCUUACUACGGGGGUCAGUGUGGGUUGAACCCAUUGUGACGGGUGAAAUACGUUCUAGUGCACAUCUAUAAAGUAGCUUUCCAACGAUGGUGAACAUUCGGAAAGGAACCCCCUGUAAAAUAAAGAUAAAGUUGGAAUUCCCACUCGAUCCAUCAUCUUUGCGGCAGAAAUAAUGUACUUCGUGUGGAAAUACAAAAUAUUUAUCUCAUUGAUAGUUGCAGUGACACAAUAGUGACACAAAAUCGACAUUUAGGAUACGAUAAGCAACAUCAGUUUACAUAUCAACUAUUCAUCUUUGUAUCUUUUUGCACCUUGAUAAUUAUUUCAACUUUUUCUUACUUUUCGCAGAAUUUAUUUGUCCGAUUUGCUCCGAAAUGUGCGAAAAAACACAGUGCAAACAUCAAAAAUAAAUUCCCAAAAAUGUCUUCCCUUAAGAAGUCUAUUAUAUUGCAGAGAUUCGAGUACUCAUUAUGUGAUCUGGAUUUUUUUUAGAUGAUUAUUGCUUUGUUGUUUUUCUGCAUUAACUUCUCUUGCUUUCUAUCUUCCGUAUCCACGAUGUAUAUAAUGUCUGUUUGUAAAAGUAUCCAUCACAACAGUUAAAUUUAUAAUUUACUGACAGCAACAACAAUGACAAAAAUGUGA